UUUAUCUUGUGAAUUAGUAGAUAAAUAUUUCGUAUUGAACUCUCCUAAUUCCAUGUUACAGAUGAAGAACUCGAGGUUAUUCGAUCGAUCUCGUGAUCGGUCACGAUCUAUGAGCCUAGGCUCAGAACAGCUUCAGGAGGCCCUAGGCUCAGAACAGCUUCUGGAGGCACACAUUUCAGCACAUCCGGAUAUAGAUGAUGCGGAAUUAUCGGGCCGUCUACGGGACACAACUCUAGCAUUCUCGCCUCAUAUAGGCAUUGAUUAUUCUUCACCCAGAGCCACUGAUUCACAUGCAGAGCCCUCCCACACUACAGAUAAUGAGGGUUCUUGGACACCAUCGUCUUCGCAUCACAAGCAAGAACCUCUCUUUACACAAGCCCAAGUCAUAAACCCGUACUUCAAAUUCAAGGAGCUUCCGUGGUCCGCAUGCGAGGAUAUAUGGAGAGAGUUGAUGAAAUACUAUUGUCUUGAGGACUACCCUGGGGCGUGGCACUAUGUCUUCAAUAUCAAAGUUGAGGCCGUGCUCAAACAGUGGCGACAUGAGCUGAAGGUUCAUACAUAUGAUAAAUAUACCCAAGAUUGGCAGAGAUUUUUAAAUCUCGAUGAGAGGGUAGAUCUCGGUCAUUUCACGGCUCUUCUUUUUUAUUGGGAUACCGAGUCCGCACAGGAUAAAUCUAAGAAGGGCUCGACGAACCGACAUAGCAAGCGGAAGCUUGACCACCACUUGGGAUCGACGUCCUUUGCCAAUCUUGAGUAUAGUUAUUGUCGAGACACGGGGAAGCCCAUAAUGCCGAUCAAUUUGAAGGCGAAGUUAGCUUACGACACCUUUCACUCAACAUAUAAAAAUGAAGACAAGAUUAAAGAAAACAUGGUUUUGGUGGAUAAUAUUGCUGCCGCGUCGAAGGAUGCAGCACUACGUGCUACCCAAGAAGCUGCUGAUGACCCUCAUGUCUUGUCUAGAGAGGAAAAUAAUGUCAUUGCAAUGAAUGUGAUGGGGUAUAAUAACCAGGGCAGAUUUCCAUUGAUGGGGGUUGGAGCUCAGCGGGGUACCUCCAGAUUAUCCUCCACGGCAUCCUCGACAGCCUCGACUGCGACAACAUCAUCAGACAGAACCCUUGCAUCUUCUACAAUUAUGCGCGUCAACCGUUAUCUGCGCCAUAAGAUCGACCGUACAUUACUCAUGCAGGUGACGACGGCUAUGUGUUCAGAUUUGCCUCCAUCCCCUACUAGCGACGAUGUUUUUACACACAUCGUUUUAUGCUUGUCCGGGAAGAUUUCAGCUGAAUUAUUUGAAGAAGUUUUGGACCAAUUAGAUUUAGACGUUGGCGCACAGGCUGGACUUGCUGGAGGAAGCAGUAGUGGCGUGCAGAGGAGGGAACUUGACGAUGAUGAGGACUCUUGAUUUUAUGAGGUGCAUGUGUUUCUUUGAGCUUCUCUAGAGAAAAUGGACUUGGAUAUCGGUUUGUAAACCGUCGUUGUAUUUUUAAAUCAAAACUUUCUUUGUGUUGAGCCCAAAACAAACAGUGAGUUGAUUCAGUUGUGCGGCAAAUUUAUACGUUUAUGUGUGGCAAAUUUAUAAGUUGACAUUGUGUUUGUUGUGUGAAAAAACAAAUAUAUGUGGUUGGUAUCAUGUUGGUGUGUGAUUUAUUUAUGAAAAAACAUGU